AGUGAACGAAAGAUUGAUCAGCUCGAGUCCCGACUCGCCAACAUAGAGCACCUACUCAAGACUCUCGUCGCUAGAGAUGUUGGCCCGGGUGAGCCGGCACGGCAGCAAGUUUAUGUUCCCUCCCCGGACGUCCCGGACAGUGGCACCGUCACCUCAAUGGGAGACUUUGACUCGGGCGAUGAAGAGACAGCAGACGGUGGCGACUCGGGCCUCAUCUCCCAAACCGCCAUUGCAAGCGAGUUCCUCGCCCAUGCUGUACACCGCACAUCUCUCCACGACGCCCACCCUAGCGUAGAUGCAGCCGUUACCAAUCUCCGUCAACUUGUACAGCUCCAGGGGAGCCGCUCCAUCAGCACGGGACCUAGGUUCCCGCGCCAACUACCACUCCCUCCGGGCGGGUUAUCCAAGUUACCCAUGCCGCCGAUAGAAGUCGUGGUUCCACUGCUCAAAGCACUUAAUAGCGGAACAGCGAGCUUCUUCGCAUUCGGAAUGACCCUCGUCGGCGUUGAGGACUUUUCUAGCCUGUGCCGGAUGAUAUACUUCCCCACAGAGGACUUUCCUCAGGCUGUAUUCGCCAUCGUCAACGCAGGCCUAUAUGACCUUUUCAUGGAAGAGUGCUGUCUAUCGGAUGAUGUCGAAAAGCGAGACAAGUAUCAGGGGUACGCCAAGAUGGCCCGAGCCAAUCUGGAGACCUACCUAGCCAACCUACCCAUGUUUCUGUCCGCCAGGAUCGAGAAUGUCCAGGCUCUCCUACUGGGAACCCAAUAUGCCAUCGACGUCACGCGCCCCUCUGUCGCCUGGCAUCUCAAUUCCAUUGCUGCCCAGCUCUGCCAAACUGGCGGCUUUCACCGCGCCGAUGUUGCCGGUACCGAGUCAGCUCGAACAAAGCAAAUCAAAGGCAUCAUCUUUUGGCAGGUGUACUGCUGGGACCGGGGGCUGAGUCUGCGAAUGGGCCGCGCUUCCGUCAUCGACGAUCGCGACAUAACUAUUCCCCGCGAGUUCGAUUUCUCUGGAUUCCCUCUUCUUGAAAAGCCAACCGUGCCAAGGUUUUGGCUCGAGAGGGCUACUCUCCAGGGUCAUAUAUACACACAACUGUACAGCCCAGCUGCCCUGGCCGUUCACCCCUCAGAACUGGGUCGUCGCGCAGAGGAACUAGCUGUUGAGUGCAGAAGACUUGGCGCAGAGGGAAAGAAGGUCCAAGAGGAGGCGUUUGCUUACCUAAAGCGGAUCAACUCGUCGGAGCUUGUUGAUGUCUUUGUCCAAGGUGAUGAAGUCCAAUUUCUCGCAACGCUGACACUUGUCUACCGAGCUAUUCCAGCUCCUCCCGGCUCUCCUAGCAGAUUUUCCAACGAGUGUUUGGAAACUGCACGCCAAACCAUGAGAAGGCACAAAGAAACCGUCGCCUCGUUGAAGUAUGGGGCUUAUAUGAAGGCGAUAUAUGUUCACAGAAAUCUGAUGUUGGCUCCCUUUGCGCCCUUCUUUGUCCUGUUCUGUCACAUUGUGGAGACACUAUCUGGAGAUGACCUUGGUAUGCUUCAAGAAUUCGUAGCAUCACUAGAUCUCCUACGCGACGCGUCAGAGACAGCCGAGAAGCUGUGUCGAAUCUUUCAGGUCUUCCGGGACGUGGCCAUGGUAUACGUGGAGGCCAAGUCACAGCGUCGGGAUGACCAGAACGAUGUCCCGAUGGGAAACCAGUUGGAUGCGUAUCUCAGUCAGCUAGGUUUCAUGCCGAUGGAGGGUCAGUCCAUGCCCCAAGCCGUCCCACCCACUACAGGCGGUGUUCUUAUGCCACCUGGUCUUGGAAGUGGUCCAACGACGCAAAUGGAAGAUUGGUUUCUGGGUAGCCGAAGCAUGUUUGGCUUACUGGAGGAGGAUCUUGGGCAGAUUGACCCGAUGGGAUGGAUGCCGCCACCGUCGUCCGGAACGAUGUAG